CAUUACACAUCUCAAGCAAUCCAUCGAAAAGUUCAAAAUGCAGGCGAUGAAAUUCAAACGGGUAGAAUCAAAGCUGAAGCAGGAAGAGGAAGAGUCUGUGGAGGUGGGGCUACACAUUUACGUCUCGAGGCGGGACGACUUGUCAACCGUCUUUCGCGCCCUCCAGCUGGCUGUCACCUCGGGGGAGCUGAAUCGACAGCUGGCAAUCCGAGGAUUUGUGGGAUCACCGUUGCCAAUCAGGGUGGGGCUCUACCGUCAGGCCCGAGGGUUCAGCCCUGCAGGGAGCUGCGAGCUAAAUUGUCACCGAGACUGCGGGAGUUUUCCUCUUCAGCCCUGCGCGCCUCGGGUUGUCAUCGGCGAUCAAUUCAUUGGAGAAACCUCGAUUGUUAGCUUUGACCGCAAGCAGCCUGUGGAGAUCUUGCCUGGGAGGGAGGGAAAUGCGCAGCUUCAUUUCCGAUACACGCUUGACGGAACGGAACCUUCCUGCGGCAAGCUUGAGUGUGACGUACUGAAAUGCA